GAUCUUUGACCAAGAGGGGCAUUUCUCCCAGAGAACAACAUACCCAGGACAGGCUAGCAAUGGCAAAGACUUUGGUUGGACUCUGGACCAAUGGAGAUUGCACAGAAGUUAACAUAGAGGAGCCUGAGCCGGGAAAGCUGAGCGGCUGGUACAAGAUAGCAGUGGGCACACCAAGAGAAGCCUCAGUGCCCAUGACAGGACUUGUCAAUCACACCAAGACAGGCUGUCCUAGCUUCAGCUUCUGUGUAUCCAUGGGCGAAAUCGGAGGAGACACUUGCAAUGCAGUCGUUGGGCAAUAUUUCAACCACGAUGGGGAGGAAGUCCUCAAAACCAUAUGGCUCAUGCGUGCUGCUGUGGAUGACCACAGCAACAACUGGGGAGCCACAAGGGUUGGAGAGAACACAUUCAAGAGAAAAAUAGAAUGAAAAGGAGAGCAAAGAGCUGAUAAACAAUUCUUAACCUAGCGCUUCUUUUGUCCAUAGCAUUAACCUGUGAAAGAAAUCAAAGCUUUUUCUGUCUGUAAUUUACUUAAUGUAACACAAGUAGCACAUUGAUAUACAGUAGUUGCUCCAAAUAUGACCAAUACAUCCCAAACAGGGCUGGUGGGGCUGCACUCUCAAUGCAACAUGCAUAGCUGCCUGAUGCAUGCUGGGAAUACUGAGUGUCAUAGUGAAUGUUGUCAGACAUGACAGAGGACCAUUCCUUCCAUGUGAGGGGAAAAGCAAAGGGCACGAGGGCUUGUGGAAAAUUUGACCUUUUUCUCGCUCGACUGUAACAGGAAACAUUUUGUCAGCUUUGGGGCAACAGCACAAAUAACUCAGGUUAUCUUUCAAACUCUUUUCUUUGUUUUGAUUUAGCUCACUUUAACUUGUUUUUAGUGAAAAAAAUUGUUAAUGCAAGGAAGGAACAUAAACAAAAAUUAAAAUAAAUCAUAUCCACCACUUAUUAGUUAGUUCUGUUGUCUGUAGUUCAUGUUGGUGUUUUUCUUUUCCAUUUCAAAUCAUCUCAGAAAUACUCACUUAAAGUUAUUACAUAUGUCAUUAUUUUGUUAUUCCUCUUGAUUCAGGCCAUGGGCUCUGUGGAAGUGAUUUGAGACUAUGUGUGAAUGGCACUAUAUCAAUUAAUAAAAUUGAACUGAACUGAAUUGAAA